CCGCGCGCCCGGCCCGGCGCGGCGACACUGCGGCCCGGGGCAGCGGGCGCCGAGGACCUGCGCUGACUCCGGCCCGAGGAGUUUCCUGAGUUUUGGAGAAGGCCUGGUUUCCCCAAAGGAAAGACUUCUGGUGGAAGUCUGAAGGUCUGAUCCACGAAAAAAAAAUCCAGUAUAGCCAAUGAAUUAAGGAGAAGAAGGUUUCCAAUCAGUCCCUGCUAUGUGGAUAUUUGUUAGCAAUGACUGAUGUGGAAACUACAUAUGCAGAUUUUAUUGCUUCAGGAAGAACGGGUAGAAGAAAUGCAAUACAUGACAUCCUGGUUUCCUCUGCAAGUGGCAACAGCAAUGAAUUAGCCUUGAAAUUAGCAGGUCUUGAUAUCAACAAGACAGAAGGUGAAGAGGAUGCACAGCGAACUUCAACAGAACAAAGCGGGGAAGCCCAGGGGGAGGCAGGAAAGUCCGAAAGCUAACACCCCACUUUGACCUUCGUCGACACCCGACAAUGUCUCACAUCUCCAGGCCUGGCUGGAAUGCUUUGUUUCCAAGAGUGGAAAGGGGAAAAAGAAAAUGGCUGUGCUGCGUUGCAGGAACCUGCUCAUUAUCAUGUUAAAAAUGGGGGCAGAGGCUGCGGCUGCAGACAGACUUUUCUCUACCUCUGUCAUGAGCAAUGGUUGAAAUCAUGUGGCUUGUGUUGGGACGUCAUUGUUGUACGGAUCCUUUCACUUGACCAUAUGAUGAAAUGCUUUUAGAGGGUAGCACCGAUCUAGAUGAUGAUUCUUCCUGUAGCAUCUGGCCCCUCACAAUGUCAGAGGAUUUAAUUGUGUCUAAUUGCAAAGGGUUGGUUGAACCCCAGAGUUUAAAUAUCUCUGGCCCAAGUAUUCACCCAGUAAAAGAACCAUCCAGAAAGCACUGUUUUUAGCAUUAUGUAUCUGUGUGUUAUUAUACUGUGUUAUUUACACUGUUUUGUAUUGUACAAUAUAGAUGCUCAGCACUGCCCCCUUCUUUGAUUGCUUAUGAAAAACAAAAAUAAUGUAUGUUACUGUGAAUUUUUAUACCACUCAUUUUUAAAAGGGCUGUGUCUUUUUCUUCUCCAUAGUGUGGUGGUGUACACAGGAUAGAACACGUUUUCUUUUUAACUUAAUCUUUCCCUUUGACUAAGUGUUGAUGAAUUGAUUAAUUCUAACAGAUUCAUCAACACUCCUUUACUUUAUUAUAUAGGCAUUUGAAAAUAUCCAUUAAUGUGAAUAUUACCGGAAUUCACUCUGUUUGGUGUCUGCACAGACCAGAAUUUAAUCUGCAAAUUUUGUUUUAUUCCCAAGUAGGGAAUUUUUCCCAACUAAUAUUUUUAUUUUUAAUUAUGAGGAUUUGGGAGAAUUGAGAAGAUGGGAAAGAGAAGCCAAGAUAAUACUGAGAACUGUAAAUAUUUUGUUCUACUGGAAUCAAAUUUCUCACAAUGUUCUAUGCUACUAUUUAAAUUUGGAGGACAACUUAUCUCCAUGGAGCCACAAAAGAUGGAGAAAAUGAUCUCCUUGCAAUCAUGUGGACACCAAUCACAAAAAUAAAGCCCUUGUGUUGUGUUUUUCAUGUCUUUUAUCAGCCCUAUCAGAUCCAAAUGUUAUUAUGCACUUUUUAAUGUUUGUAAACUUUUACUAAUAAUUAGUGUGAAUUGCAUUCUGAUACAAUAAUAAUCAUCAUUAGAAGCUAACAAAAUCUUCAUUAAUACUGUUGGUGGCCUCUGCUGUGUUUUGACAUCAUGGUUCUUACAUGGAAAGUUUCUGUGAGCUGUGUAAUCCCUCUGGUCAGUAUUAUGAAAUCAUUUAUCAGUGGUAAUAAAUAAGGAACCAGUAAUAUGCCAAUGGCUCAUGAAUUACUGGACAAAUAGCAGACAACAGGAAGACCUUUUACAGUAAAGAGCCCACUUAACUGUCCUCAAGAUCUUAGAUAGAGUCCUAUGUAAAGUAGGCUAAGUGGCAGGUAAUCUAUAUGGACAUACCAGGAACUCAGCCCUCCUUUGUAGUCUAAUACAGGAUGAAAGGUAAGUCUGCCUUCAUCUCCCUUUACACUACUUUUCAAAUGAGUGGGAUAAGGGCAUGGGUAUCAUUUGGUCCUCAAUCAUAUGCUACUAGAAAAAAUGUUAACAGUGUGAGUGUCUCGGAAAACAGAAAGAGGAAAGAUUAAAUUUUAGAGUAUUUCCAUCUGUCUAACCCAUUAGGGUCUAAAAUGUGCAGUUAAAAUUCAAACAAAUCCACCUAUCAAUAGACUCACAAGUGGAAAAAGGUUCCUGAGGCUAUUUUAGACAAUCUCUGGUAGUCCGUUGAAAACGUCCAACUCAUAAAAUCACUUUUUCAAUAUCCUCAUUUAGUAUCCUCAUAGCUUUCUUGUAAAUCUAAGUAAAGUUCUUUUCAUCCUUAAAGUUGUGGAAUUCCAAACUGAUUUCAUGUGAUUUUGUAAAGUUUAGGAUUAGUGCUGAGUAUAUGUGGAGGGUUUUUAUUCCUAUGUGAUAUACUAUUAUUAAUGCAUGUGGUGUCAUGCUUGUGUUUGAGUAUAUAAUAGUGCUGAAUUUCAAAGUCAUAUGGAGCUUUUGAAUUAUUUCCAUCUCUUACUGCUACUUUGUCUGCUACAUUCAAACCCAGAGGCAUUCCCAAGCUGAAAGAUAAAAAUCUACUUUCCAAAAUGUCCACACCCUUCAAAUGUCUCACAGCAAAAGUUCACAGUAUCUUCCAAAUUUUAUUGUAAUACUUUUACUGGCAAGUCAGUAAUAUACAUGGAAUUGAAUUUUUAAAGAGAGAAGGAAAGGGUAGAAAACUAAGGCAUUGAUUUCCUAAUACACAUUGAAUGCCUUUUAACCAACUGACCUUAUAUUCAUCGCUCCCCAGCACAUAUUCUCCCAUUUAAGCCUCCAACAAUUUGAUUAAAAAGAUAGGGUUAUCCCAUUUCACAGAUUAGGAAAUCAAGUCUCAAUAAGGUAUAACUUUUCUAAGCUUAAAAACCUAAUAAAUGAUGAAAUUAACAUUUGAACCUAUCUUUGUCUCCAAAAAGCUUUCUAUUGCACAUGCCGUAAAACUAAAGCCAAUGACAGAGGAUGUUGAUCUGUAAGGGAAUAUUUAGAGAUGGACUGGUUCAGCCUCCAUGUUCUAGAGAAGGAAACUGAGUCCCAGAAAGGGGAAUUGUCUUUUAAGGUUACCUAGAUAAGUGAUGAUACAGAUGUCAUUAGAUCAUAGAAAGUGCACUUUUAAAAAAAAAGAAAUUCAAUUAGAAUUUAUUUUUUGUGUUAUACUUCCUCAAAGAUAUUUUUCUGACAUUGUAGUCUGUAAAUUUAGCAUGGUUCAGAUCUUUUAUGUUCCAUGCUACUUAUUUGGUUUAAUUAACUAGAACUAUGACACUCUCAGUUUUCGACUCAUUUGCAACGUGUGAACUUGUCAAAUGUACCUUUUAUCAAUUGUUAAGCAUCCUAUGCCAACAUAUUGUUAUCAUAAAUUCAUAGAAAUAUUUUUCCAGUAGAUAACAGGCAGCCUUCAAUUUUUAGGCAAUACCCCCAGAGCUGCACACUGUAAAUGCCCUACACUUGAGUCUUACUCAGACACAGAGGAAAUGUACCAUUUUAGAAGUUGAAUUAUAUUGCUGUUUCUCUUUAGAGAAGCAAAAAUGGAAAAAGAAAUGUAUCUGCUGGGCAGCAAGGCUUCUGAGUGAAGCCUGUAGUAAUAGGGAGAAAAUGUAUAGUCAUCAAGUGAAAACAGGAAACGAUCUAUGAUUUAUGAUGUCUUAAUAGGCCCUAAAUUGUUCUUUAAUUAAAAGAGUGGCAGUCUCUGAAGUCAUUUGUGAGCUUGUAUGACUUUUGUAUUUAGCGAUGUUGCAUGCUCAGAUAAUUGAUAUUAAAAGUAAUACA